AUGAAUAAUACUAAGAUUUGUGAUGAUGCUGACUAUUAAGAAAUAUUGGAUCUCUAAAGCAGAUAAUCAGAUAUGGCUGGAUUAAUUAUAAAUACUUUAAACAAUCAUAUUGAAGAGAUCAACAAAAAAUACCAAUAAUUUCAAUAAGAGUUAGAAUCUAAGUGCAAAUUCAGAUAAGAAAUAUUAAGACAAAUGGAAAAAAACGAUGUCUUUAAGUUUAGAUAAUCAAUAAUCAAUUUUUAAGAAGAACAAUAAUCAAUACUAAGGAAAAUGGAAUAAAAAUGCAAAAUUUUGGUAGAAGCAUUAGACUCAAGCAUUGCUGAUUUUUAAUAACUAUUCAAUACAAAUAUGGCCUGUUUCCAAAAUAAAUCACCUAAAACAUUUAAAUAUGAGCUUAUUAAUUCAAUAAAAAAUGAUUAAGAUGCAUAUGCUUUUUCAUUCAGCAAGCAAUCUUAAAUUAUGGUUGGGGGAUAUAACUCAGGUGUUAUAAAACUAUUUGAAUUUAAUAAAGGAUAAAUUAAUCUCAUUCAAGAAUUACGACAUAAUAAAACCCCAGUUUGUUGUCUAUUUUUUAUGAAAAAAUCAUAGUAAUUUCUAGCUCGUGGUGAUUCUCAUACAAUUCGGUUAUACUAAGCAGAUGAUAAAAGCAUUUGGGAUAUUAAACAGAAAUUAGAAGGACAUACAAACUUUAUCAAUUGCUUAUUAAUGAAUUCAGAAGAAGACUUAAUAAUUUCAGGAAGUAAUGAUAAAUCAAUUAAAUUCUGGAUGAUAUAAGAUGGGCUAUGGUAGUGUUCUCAAACAGUUAGUUGCCAAUCAAAUUAGAUAAUUAGUAUAACUUUGAAUGAUUCCUGUAAUUAACUAUUAGCUAGUGGUUCUGAAAAUCAAAUUCUUAUAAUUGAAUAAUUUCAUGAUUUUUAAUGGAAAAUAGUUUAAAUUAUCUCAGUAACUACUUUAGGGUAUAGAUUGUGCUAUAUCAAUGAUUACAUGUUUGUAUAUUAAGGUAAAUCCAAAAAGAAACUGGAUGUAUAUUAAGCAGACUGCAUAAAUAAUGAUUUUAAGUUAACAAAGUAAGUAGAUGUUAAUGGAAGCAUGAAUUGUACAUAUUAUUUUCCAUAAUAAUUUAUAAAAUCUAAAUCAAUAUUAGUCAAUAAAAAUGGAAGAUUUAUAAAUUUCAUCAAGGUUAAUAGCUAUGGAGAGUUACGUAAUGAAUUGGUACUAGAAUUUGAGCAUGAAUUUAUAUUUGGAACCAUGACUGAUGAUGGAGAAUAUUUAAUAAUUUAUGAUGAGAAAUCAAAGGCAAUUCAAAUUAGAAAAUAUCAAGAGUGAC